GGACCCUUAGACAACAACAUCGAAGAUGGCGGCUCUGGUCGGUUCCCUCGUUGCGUACGGCAGUGAUUCCGAUUCCGAAAAUGAGCCCGAAUCCAACACAAACACAGAAAAAGUCGAUCCAGAUGCGGUCGCACAUCUGCAGCCUUUGCAAUCUGGAAAACCUACAAAUUUGGUUCUAAAUUCAGCGCCUGAAGUGGCUGUAAAGGAAGAUGUUGAGACAGGAACACAUCUGGAUCCGUCUCUCAAGGAGAUCAACUACAAUCCUACCUACGACACCAUGUUUGCUCCAGAGUUUGGACCCAUUAAUCCGUUUAAGACUCAACAAAUGGCCGCACCGAGGAACAUGCUGUCAGGAUACGCCGAACCUGCCCAUGUCAACGACUUCAUGUUUGAACAACAACGGAGGACGUUUUCCACCUUUGGCUACGCCUUGGACCCCUCCAUAGACACCAAUCAGAUCUCGUCAAGCAGUUACGUGGGAGCAGUGGACGAGGCGGAGAAACACAAAGGGCAAACCGUGUUUGAGUCGGGCCCCAGGAAGACGGAGAAGAGGAGGAAGGUGAAAGGAGGAGAUGCAUCAGAGAUCGAUAGCUUCCUGGGACCCUGGGCUAAAUAUCAGGACGAAAAAGACGUCGCUAAACCUUCAGAGGAGGAGCAGAAGGAGUUGGAUGAAAUCACAGCCAAGAGGCAGAAGAAAGGCAAAAAUGAAGAUGAGGCUCCUGCUGAGGAGAAGACCAUUCUGCAUGUUAAAGACGCGUAUGAUUACCAGGGCCGUUCUUACCUGCACAUUCCUCAGGAUGUGGGUAUUAACCUGCGCUCAGCAGACAUACCUGAGAAAUGCUACCUGCCCAAAAAGCAGCUGCACGUCUGGACCGGACACACAAAGGGUGUCAGUGCUAUUCGGCUGUUUCCUGUGUCUGGCCACCUGCUGCUCUCCUGCUCUAUGGACUGUAAGAUUAAGUUAUGGGAGGUGUACAGUGAACGGAGAUGUUUACGGACGUUUAUCGGUCACAGUAAAGCUGUGCGUGAUAUCUGCUUCAACAAUACCGGCACCCAGUUUCUCAGUGCCGGAUACGAUCGCUAUCUCAAACUGUGGGACACGGAGACCGGUAAGUGCAUCUCAAAGUUUACUAACAGAAAAGUGCCCUACUGCGUGAAGUUCAACCCAGACGAAGACAAGCAACACCUGUUUGUAGCCGGCAUGUCGGACAAGAAGAUUGUGCAGUGGGAUAUCCGCUCCGAGGAGGUGGUUCAGGAAUACGAUCGUCACCUGGGAGCCGUAAACACCAUCACGUUUGUGGACGAUAACCGGCGCUUCGUCAGUACAUCCGACGAUAAGAGCUUGCGUGUGUGGGAAUGGGAUAUUCCUGUGGAUUUCAAAUACAUCGCAGAGCCCAGUAUGCAUUCGAUGCCUGCAGUGACCCUGUCCCCCAACGGGAAAUGGCUGGCUUGUCAGUCCAUGGAUAAUCAGAUCCUAAUCUUUGGCGCUCAGAACCGAUUCAGACUGAACAAGAAGAAGGUCUUUAAGGGUCACAUGGUGGCCGGAUACGCUUGUCAGGUGGACUUCUCUCCAGAUAUGAGUUAUGUGGUGUCUGGCGAUGCAGACGGCAAGCUGAAUGUCUGGGACUGGAAGACCACCAAGCUGUACCACCGAAUCAAAGCACACGACAAGGUGUGUAUCAGCGCAAUCUGGCAUCCACACGAGACCUCCAAGGUCAUCACCUGCGGCUGGGACGGACAGAUCAAACUCUGGGACUGAAACCAAGAUGGAAGAAUUAACCGCAAAACUAAAACUUUUUUUUUUUUUUUGGUCAGUGUAUUUUACUCAGCUGAUGUGCUCUUUAUUGCUUCCAUUAUGUGCUGAGUUUAUUGUUUGUUAAUUCCCAGUUUGAGAUUAUGGUAUUUGGCUUUGCUCCGAGUUUCAUAUCAAGUUUAUGGACUGGUAUCCAGCCCUGAUUUGUAGGUUUCAGAGACUCUGAGUGUUAGCGAUGGCCGAGGAGACUUUUAUGUGAUUGUUAUUCGUUUUAGCUCUACUGUUCAUGCUUGGGAACAUUUUUACGUCGUCAGAUUUUCACUUCAGCUACACAACGUCUCUUUCUGAACAUAAUAAAACAUUUUGUACUUA